UGAAUUUAUUGCAGAAGAUGGUAAUGAGAAGUUUUGGCAGUUCUUGGAAACUGUACGAGAAUUAACAGUUUAUAAGCACAGAGAUUCAGAGCUUUCCUAUUACAAUUUAAUCUUGAAGAAAGCAGGACAAUUUUUAUCCAAUUUGCAAAUCAAUCUAUUGAAGUUUGCACUUUCCAUACGGGCAUAUUCUCCAACUGUGCAGAUGUUUCAGCAGAUUGCAGCUGAUGAACCUCCACCAGAAGGCUGCAACGCGUUUGUGGUUAUCCAUGAGAAACACACCUGUAAGACUAAUGAAAUAAAAAAGCUGCUGAAGAAGGCUACUAAGAGACCCAGGCCAUAUCUUUUUAAGGGAGAUCAUAAAUUUCCAACUCUCAAAGAGGAUGGCCCAGUGGUUGUUCUUUAUGCAGAAAUGGGUACCAAAGACUUUGUCAAAUUCCACAAGAUCUUAUCUGAGAAGGCGCAAAAGGGGGAAAUUGUUUAUGUUCUUCGGCAUUAUGUUCAGAAACCAAGUUCCAGGAAAAUGUAUUUAUCUGGAUAUGGUGUAGAACUUGCAAUAAAGAGCACGGAAUAUAAAGCAGUAGAUGACACACAGGUUAAAGGAGCAAAUGAAACAAAAGAAGAGGAGGAGGAGGAUGAUGAGGAAACUGAUGUCCAAGGAUUUCUCUUUGGCAAAUUAAAGCAGAUGCACCCUGAUCUGAAAAAUAAUCUGAAAGAGUUUAAAAAACAUCUAAUUGAAACUACUAACAACAUGGAACCACUGAAGGUUUGGGAGCUACAGGAGGACAACCUCAUCAAACCCAUUUGCCUUUAUACUAGUACAAAGAAGGAGACUGAGCAAUCAUCAAAACAUCAGUUUCCUUUGGGGACCCUGACUGUUACGGAGCUUGCUCACAGUAUCCAGUCUGACGCGAGCUACUUGAGAUAA